UAAGAAGAAGACUUAUCAGCUGAUGCAUGCAAAACAAUCGGUAAUACGCGGAUUUUUGCAGCAGUGAUGGCGUUGAAUAAUUUAAAAAAGGUUCAUGUUUCACUGAAAAUUUUAAAUACCCGAGGAUUAUUGCGCUCACUUAAUCAGUCAAUUCGCGAACAACCACAAACAAGAAGCUAUGGCAAUGAAAACAACAAUAACAAUAAGGGAAAUUCGCAGGACUAUCGAAGAAAAUCUUGCAGAUCCAGCUUCCUGCCAAUUGCCACUAUUACUGCACUAUCUGCUUACCUAGCAUACGAUCACAGGAAGUCUAUUAUACCACAUGUGUCUGCUUUUACAUUGCCCCCACUGUCUGGACGUCGCAACCAAUAUAAUUUCCUUGCGGACGUUGUACAUGCAUGCGCACCGUCAGUGGUGUACAUAGAGAUAAAGGACAUGCGACAGUUUGAUUACUAUACCGGCAAACCCGUCACGGCUUCAAAUGGCUCUGGAUUCAUAAUCGAUUCCGAUGGACUCAUAUUGACAAAUGCCCAUGUUGUCAUCAAUAAGCCACACACAAUGGUACAGGUACGGCUAAACGACGGACGGAUAUUUCCUGGCGUAGUAGAAGAUAUAGACCAAACAUCAGAUCUGGCCACAGUGCGUAUCGAUUGUAAAAAUUUGCCAGUAAUGGCACUUGGGCAAAGUUCUACACUGCGUUCAGGCGAAUGGGUUGUGGCGCUGGGUAGUCCAUUGGCAUUGAGCAACACAGUGACUGCUGGCGUCGUUAGUUCAACACAACGUCCCUCACAAGAGUUGGGGUUAAAAAAUCGUGAUAUAAAUUAUAUACAAACGGAUGCUGCUAUUACAUUUGGAAAUUCGGGCGGCCCACUAGUGAACUUAGAUGGCGAAGCUAUUGGGGUUAACUCAAUGAAAGUCACCGCAGGAAUUAGUUUUGCCAUACCCAUUGACUAUGUUAAACUAUUUCUUAAAAGAGCUGCAGAACGACGCAAACAAGGUGUCAGCAGGAUGGAUUAUCCUGCCAAACGCUAUAUGGGCAUAACAAUGCUGACACUAACGCCCGACAUACUCUUCGAACUAAAAAAUCGGACGCAAAAUGUACCCAGCGACCUGCAACAUGGCGUGCUUGUGUGGAAAGUAAUCAUUGGUUCGCCGGCGCAUACUGGCGGUCUCUACCCUGGUGAUAUUGUUACGAAAAUCAAUGAUAAAGACAUCAAGAACUCCUCAGAUGUUUAUGAAGCUCUAGCUGAUAAAACGAAAUCGCUCGAUAUAACGAUUUUCCGUGGUAUGAAGAAAAUGACCGUAAAGAUUGUGCCUGAAGAUCCUUAAGAACGGUUUUAGUAUAAGACACUGUUGUACUUUACCGCAAAAGAAUUUUGCAAUGUUCUGGUAUGAAAAACCAUCAAAGUUUAGCCGCACUGCCUACAGAAAGCCGACUGCUAAAAAGCCGCCGUAAGAAUUAGUUGAUAUUAGAUACAUAUAACAAAAAAUUUAAUUUAAGGAAGCAUUUCAUGUAAGAAAACAGCCAAACUUAAUAAAAAAGUUUGAAGUUAAUUAAAAAAAAGAUAAAGAAAGUUAAUCAUUAACAUUAAUCAAUCAAACUAAUACAACAAUUAACAACAAUUACAAAAAUAAUUGAAUAUGCAAGCACAAAUACAAAGAGACUAAGCACAUACAAAAUUAUAAAUCACAAAGUCAAACGCCGCAUGCAGCUCUCUACUUUUAACUCAAGCAAAACCACAUUCAACAUUUCCAAAAUAUUUUAAUUUACUACUUUUGCAUAACCUGGUGACACCAAUUCUGUAAAAAACCUUUUAUGAUUUAUUUCUUCCACUACACCCAUGGUGCAAUCGGUAAGUGCUGCAUGCAAUUUUCGUUAUCUUAUUUAUCUUUUCUUUAUCAAUAUUUAUUUAGACGGACGUUUUUAUUGCAAUUCGUUUUGUGUUUUUUUUUUUUUAAAUUUUUAUCCUUUUCGCUUUGGAGAAGUUGACACCGGUCAUGUGUGGGUCAACAUAUUGUAGUCCACCUUUCGGGCGAUUGCGCGCCUGGAUAUCCGAUAAAUCAUUUUCUUUUGUAAAUAAAAAAGAUGUUUGUAAUGAUAACGCAAUGAAUUAAAUGUUUUCAAUACAUUCAUAUGUACAUAGUAUGUAUGUAUGUGUAUCUAUAGCCGCUAGCUGCUGCAACAUUUAACGCUUAUCUUUUUUCGUAAUUUGGCUUCCUUUUCAAUGUUGCGUGCGAAUUAUGGUAAUUAUGAAUGAACGAAAAACACACACGGUGGCGAGCUACCGCUUCUCCAUUGCGAUUGUAAAACUUUUCUUGAUGCUCCCAAUAGAUAAGACUUCGUUUUGUCAGAGUUUGAGUUUGCUCACGCAACAGUAGCGUCAAUUGUUGUUGUGAUCAGACAUUUGCAUUUCGAUUUCAUUGAAUGCCGCUGCAUUAAUGCAACGGUUUCAUCUUCAAUUUCACUAUGUUGUACGUAUUU